GGGGGCGGCCGCGGCUGGAGCGGCGCUGGGUCCCCGCCGGUUCGGCGCGGCGGGGGUGGGCGCCGUUUUCUCCCGGGGUCGGCGGGGGACAAAAACUCGGCCUGUGCAAAGGGAUGAUGGGGGUGAGCCCUCCCCCCCGCCCGUGCUGCCGGCGCUGCCCUCGGGGAUGCUGUCACCGUGCGAGGUGAAGGACGGUCUGAGAGUCACCAGCAGAGCCACGGCCGUUAUUCAUCUGCCUGAAACAAGGGUGGCCAGCGCUUCCGAGGAGCAGGUCUCCAGGGAAAGAGCUGUUUGUCGGAUGCGAACAUCCCCCCAGCUGCGGCGAGGGGAGAGGAGCCGCAGCUCGAGCACGCUUCUGGAGGGAAAAAUACCGCUUUGGUUUGGUGUCUAAUUAGAUAUUUACCAGGAAGGAAGGAAAGUUAAAAAUAGGGUGACAGUGACUUCAAAGGGUGUUUUUGACUUCUAAGAAUAACACCUUUGCUGGCGCAUGUUUCAGGAAUAUCGGCUGUGCCUGGGUGUGAAAGGCGGAGGAGAGGUUGCAGCUCGGUCGGCAGCCAAGGGAGCGAACCGAGACCCCCCGGCCCCGCGGGGGCAGCAAGGAGGGGACGUUGGCAUCGCUGCGAGGGCCCGUGGAGAGCUCAGCUGCGUCCGUGGGGACGCAGCAGAGGGAGUUUAGGGAAGACGAAGCUGCCGGUGGCCCGGCGCGGGUGGGAGGGGACGUGUGGCACCAUGGGGACCCCCUCCCCGCGGGUGGUGCUAGUGCUCGCCGCGGCGCUGGCGGGGCUCUCGGCUCCCCGAGCAGCCUACGGGCAGCCCAACUUUAUCGUCAUUCUGGCGGAUGACGUGGGCUGGGGGGAUCUUGGGGCCAACUGGGCGGAGACGAAGGAGACCCCGCAUUUGGAUGAGUUGGCAGCCGAAGGGACAAGGUUCGUGGAUUUCCACUCGGCUGCCUCCACUUGCUCCCCAUCCCGCGCCUCUCUGCUCACCGGGCGCCUCGGGGCGCGCAACGGGGUGACCCACAACUUCGCCGUCACAUCGGUCGGCGGCCUCCCCCUGAACGAGACCACCCUGGCCGAGGUCCUGCGGGAGGCUGGGUACAGCACGGGGGCUAUAGGCAAGUGGCACCUGGGACACCACAGCCGCCAUCACCCCAGCUUCCGCGGCUUCGACUACUACUUUGGGAUCCCCUAUAGCCAUGACAUGGGCUGCACGGACACCCCCGGCUACAACUUGCCGCCCUGCCCACCCUGCCCGUGGCACGGCGCAGCUGCCAGGGUGGCGAGGAAGGACUGUUACACGGAGGUGGCCCUUCCUCUCUUCGAGAACCUCGCCAUCGUCCAGCAGCCCGUCAACCUCAGCAGCCUGGCAGCGCGCUACGCGGAGGAGGCAGCGCGGUUCAUCCGGCAGGCCAGCGACAGCGGACGCCCCUUCUUCCUCUACCUGGCGCUGGCCCAUAUGCACGUCCCACUGGGGGUCCCCCCGCCGCCCCCCGCCUCGGGCAGGGGCAUCUACGGAGCUUCCCUGAGCGAGAUGGAUGCCCUGGUGGGACGGAUAAAGCAGGUCGCCGACAGCCACGGAAAGGGCAACACGCUCCUGUGGUUCGCAGGUGACAACGGUCCCUGGGCGCAGAAGUGUGACCUGGCGGGACGCCUGGGGCCGUUCGUGGGGGCCUGGCAGCGGCAGCGAGGUGGGAGCUCGGCAAAGCAAACGACCUGGGAAGGAGGGCACCGGGUGCCGGCGCUGGCGUACUGGCCUGGCCGCAUCCCUGCCAAGCGGACGAGCCGCGCUCUGCUCAGCACCCUGGACGUCUUCCCCACGCUGGCGGCCCUGGCUGGGGCGGCGCUGCCCCCGAACAGACGCUUCGACGGCGUGGACGUGUCCCCGGUUCUCUUUGGGUGGUCGGACGUGGGGCACAAGGUUCUGCUGCACCCCAACAGUGGGGCGGCUGGGAAGGACGGCGAGAUAGAGGCGCUCCGGCUGGCUCAGUACAAGGCGUUUUACACCACAGGAGGGGCGAUGGCGUGCGAUGGGAGCAUUGGGCCAGCUGAGCAUCACCAGCCGCCCCUCAUUUUCAAUCUGGAUCGCGAUAUCCAGGAGCAGGAGCCUUUGGACGUGGCAUCCAGAGAGUAUCAGGCAGUGCUGCCUGCCAUCAGCAGGGCUUACGCCCAGGCUCUGGAGGACAUCGCAACAGACAACGUCUCGGUUGCAGAUUACUCCAAAGACCCGGCCGUGACUCCCUGUUGCAACGCGCAGCACGUGGCCUGCCGAUGCCAAGCGCCCGGGACUCACGCUGCCGCGUUGGACCAUGGCACGGAAAGAAGAGCCGUGCGGCUUUGUCUUUAGGCAAAUAAUUGCUCAGGCUGCUCCUUUCCCCCAGUCUGGUUUGUGCGAAUGGGACUCGUGGAGCCAACAGGCACGACAGUUGGCCACGGAGGAGAGGGCGGGAGGCUGCGGUGAAGCCGGGAGGUGAGUUAGUCGUGGGUCUGGGUGAGCAGAGGGUCCCCUCUGCUGCAGAGCAGGACCCUCAGCCUGGCAGAGCAGGGCACUGGUGGCUCUGGGCACACGGAAGGAGACAGGCUUUUUGUAGGGCUCUUUAGCUGAGAGAGAGCCAGGUCUUGGAUUAAAACUACCUUCUGUGAGAGCUGCCUUUGGGAGAGAAUUCCUCUGGGAAAUUCGCUUGGCUUUCCUCUAAAAUGAACCUUACGGGAGUGGGAUGGUGGAAGCACAAGGCAGGGGAGGUCGGGGCGCCAGAGCCUCUCGGCAAACGUCCCUUCCGGGGCUGAGACCCUGGAAGUCCGCGGCUGCGGAGAGAAAAUUCCUGGCCGGCGCGAGGUGAGUGCUCUGGGAAACAGCACCUGCCCCACCAGCUGCCAGGCGAGGUUUAUUAGUGGGGUUGUGUUAGAGACCCAGCUGCCUGUGAAAGGUCCUGGGCUCUCCCUGGCUGCUGCCCUCCUCGUGGGCAGGAUGCUGGGAUCGCCCUGAGACACGCACCCAAGUCCCAGUGUUUGGAAAAGGCUUGUUUCGGGAAGGUGCAGUGCAGAACUGGGGUAGCUGCUCCCCAUCAGCUCCGCGUGGAAACACCUGUGGUGUAACUGCAGGUUCUCUGGGGGGAGGUCAGGAGAGGUCCCUGCCCCGAGGCCUCUCAGCACAUCAGGGCUCCAGAGAAGCUGCUCCUGCCGGUCCCAGUGCGACGCCGGGGAGGCAGAUGGGGUGAAACAGCUCUUACGGGGCCAUUUCUGGGCCGAUGCAAAGGCCUGGGGAGCUGCGAAAGCAAAAUCGAAGGUGCAACUGAAACUUAGAAACCACGGGGAUUUCUCAGCAGCUGAGUGAGGGUUUUCUGAAACAAUUUUGGACUCCGAUUUGCGCACCCAGCUCUGUCUUUGGACGAGCCGUAAGCGGACUUGCGUGCACUGGGCCAGGUGGAAGCAGCUGUCCUCCACCAGCCCCCUGCCCGCUCUCCCACUCCUAAAACUUAAUCAAGACUGACAUCUUUAGG